AAACCGUUAAAAAAAAAAGAGAUUGAAAAUGGAGUUUCAAACUAGCUUCUUUUCUGAAAACCAAAGUCAAGACUCUUCUUCAACAACAUCAUGGAGCUCUCAAGAAUCAUUCUUGUGGGAAGAUAGUUUCUUACAUCAAUCAUUUAGCCCUUCCUACUACUUUGAUGACUUCUCCACAUUUGAAUCAUCAAUCACCAAAGAAGAAGAAGAUGCCACCGUAGCGGCCAAGCAGGAGGAGGAGGAAGAGAGAUCACACAGAGGAGUGAGGAAGAGACCGUGGGGGAAAUACGCAGCAGAGAUAAGAGACUCAACGAGGAAAGGGAUAAGAGUAUGGCUCGGUACGUUCGACACUGCGGAAGAGGCGGCUCUCGCUUAUGAUCAGGCUGCUUUCGCUUUAAAAGGCGACCUUGCCGUACUCAACUUCCCCGUAGACGUUGUUAAGGAGUCUCUCUGGAACAUGGAGAAUGUGAAUUUUAACGAUGGUGAGUCUCCGGUGAUAGCUUUGAAGAGAAAACACUCCUUGCGAAACCGGCCUAGAGGAAAGAAGAAGAAGUCUUCUCCAUCUUCUUCUUCCUCCUUGUCGUCGACGUCUUCUUGUUCCUCACACUCUUCUUCAUCGUCUUCUUUGUCAUCAAGAAGUAGAAAACAGAGUGUUGUUACGAAGCAAGAAAGCAAUACAGAGGUUGUGGUUUUUGAGGAUUUGGGUGCUGACUACUUAGAAGAGCUUAUGAGAUUAUGUUCAUGA